AUGGCAGACCCUCUAUCUAUCGCAGGCCUGGUCACAGGCGUGGUCUCCCUCGGCAUCCAGCUUCACAACGAUCUCAAAAUCUUCCUCGACAUCGUCAAGAAUCGAGAUGAAGAUAUCGCCAAACUUACAAGACAAGCUGCGACCAUGGCUCAGGCCUUGGACGCCAUUGACCGGUCUCUGCAGAACAGCAAACAGGCAAACCCUGGAGUCGUCGAUAGUGCCGCUAUCAUACCACUUCUCGAUGCAUCGCGCCAGGAAUUGUUGCUUCUGCAGCAGGAAGUCGCGUCCCUAACAAAGAUAUCAAAAGGCCAGAAGCCGAAGGCCUCAGUUGUGGUAGACUUCGCCAAAGCCACAACGCAAAAGCUCAAGUAUCCAAGACAGCGCGCCAAGAUCGAGAAACUGGAGGAGGGUUUGGACCAAGCAAACACAACUCUUCAACUCGCCCUCGAUGCCUUUGGACUAUGCGAGAACCUGGUUCACAUACUGAUCAUUGCCAUUCUAUCAAUCUUCAGAUCUGAACUAAACUCCAUCAAGUCGAAUACCGAAGCGAUGGUUCAUGGCCUCAGCCACGUCCAGAAAACACUUCCAGACGUUGAAGCUUGUGUAUCGGAGCUGUCAGAAAAACUGAUGGCAACGAGUGAAACGGCCACGCAGAGCAUCCAGAACAUCGAAGCAAUCCUCAACCUUGCCAUAUCCUCCCAUCAAUCCGAUCUUGAACAGAUUGGACAAGCACAAUCCAAUGAGUUCAGCCAAAUUAAGCAGCUUAUCCAAGACCUUUUGCUAAGGAUGGAUGCCAAUGCUUCUACAGGUUCAAAGGACAUUGAAGUGAACAGGAACCUCGCUUGUCUCGUGUCGAAGCCAAGCGCACUCAAAGUACUUUGCGAUGAGUAUUCUAAUCAACAGCCCCAGUCGGAGUGUCCACCAGACGCGAACGCCUGGUCUGCCUGUACUUGUCAACGUCGCCGAAUUGCCACUCGGCGAUCUGUUGAUUGGGGUCCUUUUCGACUAUCCGCGGAAUCCAAGGCAGAACUCGCUCACCAUGAAAGCUGCCAAUGGGCCCAAUUCGAUACGUCUAAACGGUCCAAGGUCAUAAGUCUUGCGUAUCGUGGGUUUGCUCGCCUACUCCGACAUGCUGUGGUUCUCAACUUCCGCUUGAAUCAUGGCGCUGGAGGAUUCAGCUUUGGCCCAGGAAUUGUCCAUUAUCCUGUGAUGGAUGAACGUGUUUACCCACCAUUUAGGCUUGUUCACUAUGUCGGCCAAGCCAUGCAGACUUUGACAGAACCUUUUUACUUCGAGCCAUUCUGGGCAAGACAAAGACGUAUCUCUCAAGGCAAGAUUGCACCUUUGUCCUUGAAGCACAGUGUGUUGAGAGCCUUCGGCGUGCAUAUAUCCCGCGCUUGUUGCAACAGAACCAUCGUUCCCCGAGCGAUCAACACCCGUGGUCAGACAUUACUACACUGCAUUUCCCGUAUCAUCGAGAAUGACGCAUGCGGCGGUAUAAUCAAAAGUCUUAAAGGCUCGUGGACCCCAUCAAUGGUAGCAUCAGUACAUGAGGUUCUUUCAACAUUGAUCAUGUGCAAUGUCCCAUUGACAGUUCACGAUGAUCGCGGGAGCCCUGCACACUUGUCGAUAGCCAACUGUAUACGAACCACAGAUGAGAAGUUGCUAGCUUCCAUGACCAGCAUCCUUAGGCUUCUCACCCCAGAGGACAUGGAUAUCGACCCCUCAAAGGCUAACAAUCGGUCAAAUCCUUUCAUACCUCGACUCGAUUUUCUGAAACCCCUCCCCGAUCCUUGCAUCUUUAGCAAAGCAUUCGGUUCCAAUGAGUUAGGUACUGCAAUCCUACAACAGAACAUUUCAGCUGUCAGGUCCCUCCUAUCCCGCAGUCCCUCUUUGGCACUCGAACAGGACCUGAACGGCAUGACCCCAAUCCACUACGCCGUGCUUUGGGAGGAUGGCUUGUCACUACUCCUGGAGCAAGUUCCAGUCGAUAUCUUCACGGAGGACUUGGCAUGGGACAUCUUUCAAUACGCCUUAUCGAUGGGUAGAAGGAAUGAUGAAGACCUGCGCUCGGUCAUGUUAUUCCUUGACCAUUCGUGGUACUUCGCUCCUUGCCCAAGCCGAGGCCGAGAUGAUGGUACACUUGGCUUGAUAAUAAAACUAUCUUCACUGGCUACCCAGAAGAAGUUCUUCCUAUAUCUCAAGCAAACUCGGCUGGAAGUCGUCCCUCUUUCCCUUCAGAAUGAGACAGUCUAUAGCAUCAUUGACCACCUGCAGGAAAUAGCGGCGACAUUUCCCCCAGCCAAGAGACGCGCAAGAAUCCAAGCCGCAAUUGAUUCAUUCAACAUCUACCAAUAUAUAAAGGAUGCAAGGACGGCAGAUGCUGCCUGGCAGUCGGGACUUCAUGAAGUGAACUACCACGCAGCUACAGACUCUCCAGUCCUUGCACGCAGCGAUCACAGCGAAGACUACGUCCUCUGGCUGUUGGAUCAUGACGCGGACCCGUUCCAACCGCUCUACAACGCUCAAGAUCAAAAGGCGUCGAUACUGGCGGCUCACAAGGCUAUCCAUUGCAUUGGUUACCCAGAAUCGAACUGGUCGGACGAUAUAGAUGACUGGGAGCCAAAUGGGCUAAGACCAGCCGCGCAAGAGGUGGCUCGUCGGUUAUGCAGUAAACCAGCCACGGACAAUUGUUUAUGUACAUGCUCUCCAAAUGGCUGCACGCCAUUCCUCAUCUUGUUGAGGAACUUGAUUCUUACAUCCUCUCACAUCUCGCAGUGCACAUCUUCUCGGCCCGAGGACUAUGCGUAUGAGUUUAGGAAUGUUCGAACAAUAUUAUACGAAAAUGACGGCUUCGUAUGUCAGUAUGAUGGGCAGUUUCACGAGGCUUUACGCCUUUUCACAUUUAUAACUCUCGGUAUCCGACACACGUGUUGCGAGAAGGACGGCUACCAUAACGAUGAUGAUGCCAAGGAAAUCCGCGAGGAGGACAGCGAGCGCGUGGGUAUCCUCGAAACUUUGAUGGAGCAAUGGGAAGAUGUGCGCUUUAAAUCCGCAGAUGAGUUCUGGCGUUUCCUCAAGGGUGGCUGGGUCAUCCGUUUAAACGAGGUCUUUGAAGAUAUGCGCCGAAUGGACCAGUCAGAGGAACACAAGGUUCAACGCCAAAGCCUCGGGGUUCAGCUUCAUGUCCCAAUCGUGAAAGCUAAAGCUACGAAGCCGCGGGUACGAACGAAAGGGUUCGUCUGGUGCGAAGAGAGUUUUUGGUUGGAUCUCCUGGAUACGGUUGCAAAGGGAGGUGAUACUCGCUAUUUUGACCGCGUCCUUGAAGAUGCCAGGCAGAUUGAAAUGGGGUUUAUGCUCCGGGGGAGAUAUAUUGAAGAGGAUGAGGAAUGGGAGGGGGAAUAG